GGUCACACUGGUCGACUAUUUCUCGUAAAAAUAAAUAAAAAUUAUAUUUUAAUUAAAUUUCACACAAAAUGAGUGCUCCCGUGGCCCCUUCGGGCAUUCAGAGCACUGCGGGUGCGGUGCCCGUACGCAAUGAGAAAGGCGAGAUUUCCAUGCAGAAAGUUAAAGUCCAGAGAUAUAUAUCUGGCAAGCGUCCCGACUAUGCCCGCGUUGACUCCAGCUCGGACGAGAGCGACGAGGAUGAUUUCAUUGACACCCGGAAGCGCUUGGAGCGACACAAAGCGGAACGCCACAAGAUGGAACUGGCCCGUCGGGACAGUGCUGAUGGGAAGGCUGCCGCGGAUGGGGAUGAGGCUGAGGUGGAUGACCCACGUUUGCGACGCCUGCGUGCACGCCCCGUGGAUAUGGAAGACAUGGAACGAGAGCGAAGGGAGCGCCACAGACACAUCCACGAGCCCGAGAUGGUGGAGAGUGACAGCGAGGAGGAGGAAGAGGACGCAGAGCAGCAGAAGAACCUCGAGCGGGGCACCAACAAGAUCACACUUGCCUCCGAGUCCGACACAGAUGCAGAGCUGAGUGACGCCGAAAUGGAGAAUCGGCGCACAAAGCUGAGGGCGAGAAUGCUGCAGCAGCAGCGCGAGGAGGAGGUGCUCCAAAAAGAGGAUGAAAAACAGUCGGAGUCCUCGGAAACAGAGAGCUCCGAAUACGAAGAGGAGAGCGAAAGCGAGGAGGAAAACGAGCCGCGUCUCAAGCCGCUGUUUGUCAGGAAAAGAGAUCGUGCGACCAUCCAGGAAAAGGAACGGGAAGCCCAGAAACAGAAACAAAUGGAGGCAGAGGCCAAGAGAGCUGCUAAGGAAAGGAGGCGAGCCACACUGCGCAUGGUGGAGGACAGCGUCAAAAAAGACCUGGAGAAGACCAAGCCAGAGUCGAAUGAAGCCUGCCUGGAGGAUGUGUGCACUGACGACGACAACGAUGAGGUGGAGUACGAGGCCUGGAAGUUACGCGAGCUCAAGCGUAUGAAGAGGGACCGCGAAGAGCGCGACAACACUGAACGGGAGAAACUGGAAAUCGAUCGGGUGCGUGGCCUCAAUGAGGAAGAGCGACGCCAGGAGCUGCGACAGAAUCCCAAAAUGGUCACCAACAAGGCCACCAAAGGCAAAUACAAAUUCCUGCAGAAAUACUAUCAUCGUGGUGCCUUCUAUCUGGACGAGGAGAACGAUGUGCUGAAGCGCGACUUUGCCCAGGCCACGCUGGAGGAUCACUUCGAUAAGACCAUCCUGCCCAAGGUGAUGCAGGUGAAGAAUUUCGGUCGCUGUGGCCGCACCAAGUACACGCAUUUAGUGGAUCAGGAUACCACGAAGUUCGACUGUCCCUGGUAUGCGGAGACCUCGAACAACAUCAAGUUCCACAACGAGCACGCGGGCGGCAUGCGGCAGCAGUUUGACAAGCCCACGGGGUCCAAGCGAAAGAAGUUGGAGUAGACGACAGUAGGCACACAAUCGUAUGAUGUAUUUAAUAAUUGAAAAUAAAUUAACAUGGAAUAUAGA